CAAAGCGCCAGGACCGAAAGUUAUGAGGGGUUAUGGUUUUCAGGCUUGACCCAUGUGGUAUAGCAUGUGUUGUGAUUACUCACUUGCUUGUAUUAUACUCGGAUUAUGUUGUGGUAUUUUACUUAGUUCUUCCGGUUCUCAAAAACAGCUUUUGGGCUAUUCUGAAUACGAUAUGCUUUAAUAUAGUGGCCUCUUUACUAUUAUUUUCUCAUAUAUGUGCUGCUGUAACGGAUCCAGGACUAAUACCUUUGCAUCGGUAUACUGUUAAUCAGUUAGCUAGUGUCCAGAAACCUGAUGGAUGGACUACUUGUAAUAAAUGUGGAAUACAUAGGCCACCGAGAGCUCAUCAUUGCCGAAUUUGUCGACGGUGUGUAAGACGAAUGGAUCACCAUUGUCCCUGGAUUAAUAAUUGUGUUGGUGAAUGUAAUCAAAAAUAUUUUAUUCAAUUUUUAAUUUAUGUUGGAAUUCUUUGUCUAUAUGCUCUGACACUGGUACUUAUAUGUCGUGCUAUGAUCUCGGCCGGUUUAAAAGAAGACGCGUCUAAUGCCGAUGUUGUAGUUGUCGCUCAUACAAUUGUACUUGUAGCAAUCUCUUGUCUAUUUGGAUUAUUUAUUCUAGCUAUUCUAUCUGAUCAGUACAAGUCAAUUGUUGAAGACACAACAGCAGUUGAAGCUUGGUUAUCGGGUAAUAUUCCACAUUCUUCAUCCGAUACAGAAGCUUAUCCAAAUGAUGGUGGCAACGGUGGUGUUGGUAGUGGAGGAUUUCGUCGUAAAUUAUCCAAAUUGACUCUGUUUCGUGAGGUUUUUGGAAGUGGUCCAUUUUACUCUUGGCUACUUCCAUGUUCAUAUCUUUUCAAGCCUUAUCCAAAAUAUUAUACUGCUUUAUCCAAUAUGAUUAAUGAUGUAAAUUACUCUGUCAACAGUUUUAGUAAUAAUAAUAAUAAUAAUAAUAAUACUAACAAUAAUCUUUCAAUCAAUCAUCAUCAUCACCAUGGAAUUGAUAAUAAAUCAACAUCAAUCACUACAGUUUCUUCAUCUUCUCCUGUAUUUACAAUUGAAAAUGAUAGUGUUUCUUCAUCCAGCUCUUCAAACAAUCAUUAUUAAUAGUGAUUAUUAUCAAUAAAAUGUAAUGAUGAAAUUCAGUAUUUGGUUUUGUUUUAUUUUCUCUCUCCCUCUCUCUCUCUCUGUAUAUGUGUGUAUGUAUGUGUAUGUUUGGUUGUUAACCCUCAUUAUUUUUAUAUAUUUGUAAAUGAUCUAUGUAUUAUUUCUUGUUCUUCUUCUUUUCUUUCUCUCUUUCUUUCGUUGUGUAAACGUUGUUAUUUUUCUCUUUUUUUUUCUUUUUUUCUUCUUGAAUUAAUUCAUUAUGUAAGUUUGGUUUUGUAUUGGAUAUUGUUUUUAUUUUAAUUGCUUAAUUGUAUGUCUAUUAAACAUUAUACUAUCUGCUGAAUUUACAUUCUAUUUUUUCUAAUCAUAGUAAUCAUAAUAAUAAUAAUACUAAUACUAUUACAUAUAUGUAUGCAUAUUAUUAAUAUUUGCAUUCUUUCCCUUUUAUAUCAAUCAUUAUUGUGAAAAUCUUAAUUGCCCAGAAUGAUACAUCUACUAUAAUUCUUUCAUGUAAAAUAGAUUGUUUGUACUGUUAGCUACCCUCUGUUUGUUCUCCAUGUGUCUUUGUCUCUGUGUGUGUAUGUAUGUAUGUAAGUGUGAGUAUAUGUGUGUAGAUAGAUAGAGAUUAUCAUAGAUUUAUAAUAAACUAUAUAUAUAUAUAUAUAUGGAGUGGUUUACAUUUUGGGAUAUAAUCAAUAAUUGUUUAUCAUAUUCAUCAUAACCCUGUUUUCUUAUCUUUAUCAUGUUCAUAAUUGUUAUAUUUAAUAAUGUAAUAUUAAUAAUAAUAACCAAUAUAUUUGAUAAUUCUGUUUAUAAAUUCAAUAUAUGUACUUCAUAUUGAUCAAUUUUGACGAUUAUUUUAACUUGUUUUUCUUUUUUUUGUUGUUGUUUAGUUUACUUUUAAUUGUUCUUCUUCUUUUUCUUCUUUUUUCUCUUAUUGCUGUGUAUUGUUUCCUUACAACAUAGAUGUACUUUUCAUUCUAAUUACAUUUUAUACACUUCCUUUUCUAUUCUUUGUAUACAAAUAUUGUAUGAUUUAACUUUGCAGUGAUCAAUUCUAUACAACGUUAAUAGAAUAUUUAUGUUGAUGAUGAUGAUGGUGGUGGUGAUGGUGAUGUUGUGUAACAGCAGUAGUUUGUAUUAUGAAAAGAAUAAAAAAUAAUUUAUUAUUUACAACUGAAUAGUAAUUAAUUUAUUGGAUUAUAUUGGUGUUUGUGUAACAGAUUGAUUGAUUGGUUGAUUGAUCAAUUGAUUGUGUUAUCAUUCUCUCUUAUUACUACAAUUCAAGCUAUUCUUAUUGUUUAGUAUUCUUGGAUAUCAAUUCAGUCGACAAGUCCCUAAAUCAGAACACAAUUGAAUAAGGAAAAGAUUAUAUUCCAAAUAACAAAGUUAGAUAGAAGUAAGAAACACAAUAAGAGAAACCAUAAUGACCGAACUGAAUUGAU